UAUCAGAGGGAUAACUUCCAUCCUCGGAGUCAAUUCGCUUUGAUUUUUUCGCACUGCCCUCAAAUGCAAGCCAGUCCGCGUAGGCAGCACUACGUUUCGGGGGAACAGUUCCGUUACGAUACAAUAUAAUACCAUUCCAUUUCCGUUUUCUCAACUCUUCUGUCAAAAGCCGUCGCCAUCAGAAAACUCAAGAUAUAACCAAGCCAAAACUGAGGAAUAACCAAGUGAAAAUGUGCCACAAAACCAAGAAGCUAUUAAUUAAACACUAAAAACAAAAAAAUUAAAUAUAGGGGAGUGACCACACCCGCAGAGGUGAAAGACAGUGGACAGUGUCCGGCUGUCAGUUGGUCAAACAGUUCAUCAAUAAACGAUUCGUCGACUACUUCCGUUUCAUUGCGUGUCCUUUACCUGGGCAUGUCUGCGUGUGUCUGUGCUGUCUCCGUGUGAGUGUGUGUGUGUCGCUGUGCGUGUGAGCCGAGGAAACUUUGCAACUUCCGGCCAAGUGACUUCGAUUUAAUUUCUUUGGCUUUUUUAUGGUCAAGGCAUUUAAUUAAUUUUACUAUGGCAAUUUGAUCGUCUGUACUGGUCUGAACUCUGACCCCUCGGACCCAUAAUCCUGCUGAAAAGGAGCAGGAGGAGCAGCCAGCCACGCCCAUUUCCACCGAUCCAUUGAGAUGUAAUUUGCACCGCAGGUGAACUUGAACUUGAACGUUCUGUGAUAGACGAGUAUACGAGCAGUCAAUCCCCUUGGGAUUCUGCCUACCCCCCUAAAACCCCCACCCCUCCAAACGGUUCUCGAUUCAAUCAAAUUGAAUCCCGAAUCAGACGUCGGCGGAUCGAAGGUGAUCUUAACUUUUGGAGCGGCCCUCAGAAACGGCGACAAACUGUCGACUCUGUCGAUCCGCAGCUUCUCGGCAAACAUGCUGAACAAUCUUGGGGCCAAUGUGCUGGGCCCCAAGGAUUGUGAUCUGCCCAAGGCCGCGCUGACAGCGCUGCACGCGGGCGUCAACAGCUUUGGCCAACUGCCCGUGGGUCCCAACUUGGCCGAUCUCGGCGGAGGCGGCGGCGGAUCCUCUGGCGGAGUCCAGGUGGGCGGCGGUGUGGCACGCCUCCACAUUUCCGGCGGACUGUGCGACAAUUCCAAUGCGCUGAACAGCGGAAACGGAAACAGUGGCAACGGCAACAACAACAACAACAACGGCAACAGCAACAACAACAGCAUGCAGCAACAGGAUCAGCACCUGGACAAAAACAAACAGAAGCGCCACCGCACCCGCUUCACUCCCGCCCAGCUGAACGAGCUGGAGAGAUGCUUCUCGAAGACCCACUAUCCGGACAUCUUCAUGCGCGAGGAGAUCGCCAUGCGGAUCGGCCUCACCGAGUCCCGCGUUCAGGUCUGGUUCCAGAACCGCCGCGCCAAGUGGAAGAAGCGCAAGAAGACCACCAAUGUGUUCCGCACCCCGGGCGCCCUGCUGCCCUCCCAUGGACUUCCGCCGUUUGGGGCUAAUAUCACCAAUAUCGCCAUGGGCGAUGGCCUCUGCGGCACGGGAAUGUUUGGCGGGGAUCGCUGGAGCGUGGGCGUUAACCCCAUGACGGCAGGCUUUGGCCAGCUGAAUCAGUCGUCGCCGCUCUCGUCCUCGCUGAACAGCGGCCUGAACUCGGGCAUUAACAUGGGUUCCGCCUUGGGAGCGGGCAGCUAUCAGCACUACGGACUGAAUGCUCUGGGCGACUCCAUGAUGUACCAGCACAGUGUGGGCGGGGUCAGCUGUGGGCCCAGUGGUUCGCCGAGCGCCACCACCCCGCCGAACAUGAACAGCUGCUCCUCGGUGACCCCACCGCCACUUUCCGCGCAGCCGAACUCCAGCCAAAACGAGCUGAACGGCGAACCCAUGCCGCUGCACCAGCAACAACAACAGCAGACUCACCAACAGCAGCAAUCUCACCAACAACAACAGCAGCAAACUCACCAACACCCGCAGAUGGCGCCACCGACGCCCACACAGCAGCAGCAAGAGGCCGGAAUUCCGCUGUGCCACCAGUCCAUGCAGUCGCCCACAGAUGGCGCCAACGACGACGACGUGUGGCGGGGACACAGCAUCGCAGCGCUGCGGCGGCGGGCGUCGGAACUAAACGCCACAGCGAUUCCUACCUACCUUCACCACGCCCAGUACGAGCACCAUAAUUCGGUGUACUGAAAUUUGUUGAAAAGCUUCGAAAGCUUUUCGGAUUACGGGUUUUCCAACUGCGGAAGUGGGCCCGAUUUAAACUAGGACGCAGGAUGUGGAGUGGUGAAAAGCUCGCAUUCGAACAGAUAACCGUUGGUCAGCGAGGCGUUAUAAGAUAACCAAAACCUAGGCUUAGGGCAUUGUACAAUUUAUGUGUUUGCAUUAUUUGUUUCAU